AUGGUAAGUCAGGCGAUAAAAAGAGCUGAUCAACCACGAGCCCAGUGGUAUUGGAAAUCAAAUUCUGAUCCAUGGGCAACGAAUGGAAAUGAAGAAUGGACAAAAUAUUCUGAUAUCGAAUCUGCGAUUAUCGAAGAAGCAUUUAAUCAAAAGAAUAGAAUAAAACUAGCUGAACUGGAUAAUUAUUCGAUUAACUUAAACGAGUCCAUUCAAAUCAGUAAAUCGGAUCCAGAUAAACAACGGCAAAUAAAACGGGUUCUAACUAGUAGAAAUGAAAGUCAAGCUGCAUCAUCAUUGAGUCAGUUGCUGGUGACCUCGUCGUGGUCACAUGAGCAUCGCUGUGACGAAAGUGGAAUGCUACCUCGUGGCAAGGAACAUCCAGGGAUAGAUCAAUACUCUGCUGCUUGGCAUUGUUCACUAGCUGCGUCAUCAUUGAGUCAGCUAUCGGUGACUUCGUGGUCGUCGUAUGAUACGCCGUGA